AUGCAUACCAGGAUGGUCACGCAUAUACCCAGGGCGACCGUUGUCAAAGAGAUCGAUGGCGAGAAGGGUACGGGACCGGUACCGCACCUUGCCUUGUGUCGCCGUAUCUGCGGUCCUAAGCCGGAAGGCCACUGCUUCAAGGCCCUAUUGGGCGUUACACUAGAGGUGUUGGCGUCAAGACUCCCGGGGGGAGAAGGGGAGGGUGGAAUCAUUGGCCACAAACGGGCAAGCUGUAUUAUCUAUCUUAUCCUAACACAUCUUGGACAGGCCGGAUGUGGGGACCUUCUGCCCGAAAUCAAGGUAUGGCGGAUGGUGACGACAAAGGUCGGGCCAAGUGGCAGCAAGGACCAUCCACAAUCAAUUGGGAUAGAUUGGAAGAUCGAUGCACCGGGAUACUGCAGUAAAUGGAAUGAUGAUUUGAAUUUCCUUCUUGGAGGGAAAUGGAAGAGGAGCGGCGCUACGGCGGGACUAAGUGGCCACUAG